CGGAAUACUUACGCGGUGACCGCUUUACUCUGUCCCCGCCAUCUCCUCCUUAUUCUCCUCUUCUCCACCCCCAAACCCGCCGAAACCCCAAAUCGCGCGACCUCCGCCAGAAAUCCAUGGGUGGCGGCAGCGGUGACCUCAGCCCCACCAGCAUCCCCGCCUCCCCUUCUUCGUCUUCAUCGGAGCCCCUCCCACGAGGACGAGGGUUUGCCGAUUAUGUGCCGGUCUCUGACGGCGACUCCGAAGGGUGCUGCAUCUGCGACGACCCCGAGGUGGCGGCCCUUCUCGAUGGCAGCCAGUUUCAGCACCGGUCGCUGCGGGAGGCGAAAGACCUCAUCAGGAGGUAUAAGCCUGGAUGCUGGAUUGAAGGAGUUGGCGACACAAAAGGUGGGGACUAUUCGGUGCCUGAUACCACCACAUUGUUGUUGGUGGGGCCUAGAGGUGCUGGGAAAAGUGCACUUGUGAACCGAAUUACACGGGUCUUUGACAAAGAUGACGAUCCUUUUGCACCAGAGCGCGCACAAGUUUCCUAUAAUUCCAAAUCAAAUGGUACAAGUUUUGUUCGGGAGUACAAAAUCCCAAGAAAUUCAAACGGUAUAUGUAUUUGUGAUACAAGGAGCUUGUCCAGAAAUCCAGAAAAGGAUUUCAAAAUCCUGCAACGUUGGAUGACGAAGGGAAUUAGCCAUGGGGAGAUGGUGACGUGGGAUACCGAUGAUGGCACUAAGAUUAAGAACCUCAAAGCAAUGGGGAGGCAAUACAGUUUUUUGCCUUGCAAAACUAGGAAGGUCAACUUUGUGAUAUUUGUGAUUGAUGGUCUUUCUGUCCUAAAAUCAAUUGGAAGUGAUAAUAAAGGAUACAUGGAUAUGCUCCACGAGACAUUUAUGAAUCCAUUCUUGUCUUUUGGAGAUGACAAGCCUGCUGUUGUGGUUACUCAUGGGGAUAGACUAUCGUUUCAACAACGUUCCCAAGUUCAGAAUGAGUUAGCAGAGACACUUGCCAUUCCACCCCAACAAAUUUUUGAUAUACCAGGUUCUGAUGACUAUGAAACUGAUAUGGUUGUGCUGGAUAUGCUGCGUUACUGUAUCCAACAUGCUGAGCAGAACUUCUCUAUGAAACUGAAUAAUCUUGUAGAGAUGCAUGGGCGUGAAACCCUUGCAGAGAUGAUGGCGCGGUUGAUGGGACUAGACGCAGUCAUGGAUGUCACCAUUGUUUUCCUAUGUGCUGUAGCCCUUCUACUUCGUGUAUCAGAUAACUUACUGUAGUGGUAGCUGGUGUUCUGCUAUUGUGGAUUGUAAAUAAAGUUGUGUGAUCAGAAGGAGUGCUCCAGAGUAUGCCACGCACUUUCUUACCACUAUCGAAGAAGACGUGUGACUUCACCAUAUACGAUAUGUACUGUCUGAAAAUAUACAUGGAAGAAGCUUUGCACUGCA